AUGAGGAGCAAGGAGAAGGAAAAGGCCCUACAUAGUGAACGAGUCAUGUCUCGCUUUGACCUCAAGAUUUUGGCGAACAAACUCGGGAAUAAUUUCUCAGAAAAUGAGAACAAUGAUUUAGUCAGAAUGAAUGAUAUCAGAGAAAUCAACUACGACUCGCCAAGAGGAGGCGUUAGCGUCAUCACCGAAAAGGGCGACAACACCGUCAGCUAUUUGCUGGUCCAGAGGGCGAAGGAUUCGGAUUCUGGGAAAUAUACAUGCAACCCUUCGAACGCCAAUCCCAAGACGCUCAUCGUACAUGUUCUAAACGUUUUCUACGGAAUAAUCGAGGAAGAGAAUGAAGAUCAAGUGAAGAUUGAAAGUACUGUUUUGAACAUCAUUAAAUCAAAAAUGCUUACCACAAUAGAAAAAGAAGAUAUCGAAGUGGCUCGCAGAAUAGGCCGUGACAACAAUGGUAAAAGGCCUGUACUUCUGAAACUUCUAAGGUACAAAGUAAAAGAAAACAUACUCAGAAAUGGCAAGAAAUUGAUGAAUACUGGUUAUUCACUGACAGCUUUUCUCUCCCAGAGUGACUUAGAAAACAAAAAAAAGUUACGUCCCUACCAAAUUUUAGCCCAACAGCAAGGGAAAAAAUCUUUCAUCAAAAGUGAUAAACUUAUAAUAAAUGGCAAAAACUACACCAUUGAAGAUUGCGAGAAGCUGUUUAGGAAAACAAUACCUCUGGAAACUCACGUGGAUGCUCCAGACAGGGGUAAUUCUUCCGGGUCCAGCAGAGGCACCACAAAAAAUUGGCUGAUUUUCGCUAUCAAUUCCCCAUCCGACUGUUUCAAGAAAUUUAGCGUUAGAAUCUCCAUAAGAGAUCAUGCUCUUCAUUGUGGUAGUAAUGCCUGGUUUUCGAAUCAUACAUACUUGUUCGCCGCCCAUUUCAUAACGAAUUUCAUCGAAGAGGAAGGCUAA